UAUAGCUAGCAUAAUUGACCCUCCCACAAAUACCUCACCAACUGUCUAUGCUCCCCGUCCAUAUGCUUCUCCAAACCAUGGCACACCCAUAUACUCUCCUUCCCCUGCGGCUACACCAGUCAUCGCUCCGACGCCACAUCCGCCUCCUCAGCCGAUCUCGCCGUACGCCCAUCGAUCGCCCUAUCCAACCCCUUCACAAUUACAGCCAUCGCACGAUUCACAGUCCUCCGGUCAUUCUUCGUCUCAAGGUCCGCCGCCGCCGGCCCCACCACCACGUCUAUCAGUAGCACCUGAGCCUCCAGCGCCUGCACCGUCUAAUAACCAUCGCGCGCCUUCGCCCGGGCCUACCCCAAUGGAUGUAGAUACGGAUCCGCAUCCGGCCCCUAAAGCACCCAAAAAGGAGACCAAAGCUCCCCCCACAGCGCCUCCAUCGAACGCUGCGUCCCCGAAGCCCUCUCGUGCAACCAAGGAGCCCCCGCCUCCAUUGCCUCAAGGCUCAGGACUGAUCUCCAAUGCCUUGUUUGGCGUGGGCGACGCUGCGUCCACCAGCGAUUCUGAUUCUCGGCGGACGCCCAGUAUUAUAAUACACAUUCCAUUGCAAGGGACUGGCAACAGGAUUGUCAACUUUGCGCGCUUGGCCGAGGAACAAUACGGCUUUGCCGCUUUACAUCCUCGCCUUGCAGCUCACAAGGAACGACUUGCUCGUGUAGCCGCAGCGGGUGCAGCACUAGAACGAAAUGAUAAAUCCGGCCGGGGACUCUCCGCUGGGGAGAGUGCUGAUGAAGAUCUCAGUCUCGAAGUUGAACGUGACAGUGACUUAGAUGGAGACAGUGCGUUGGGCGGCACAGCAGCUCGCACGAACGGGCCGGAGGCUCCAGAUGGGAAAAAGAAGCGUCGCAAGAAGAAGAUGGAAGAGUAUGACCGAGACGAUCCUUUUGUCGACGAUAGCGAGCUAGCCUGGCAGGAACAGGCCGCGGCCAGCAAAGACGGCUUCUUCGUAUAUAGUGGCCCUCUGGUGCCUGAGGGCGAAAAGGUGCAAGUCGAACGGGCGGAUGGCACAAUAAAACGUGGCAGGGGCCGGGGUCGCGGCGGUCGCAAUCGAGCACCUCAAUCCGCUUCCCAUCAAGCGCCACUGGCAGCCGCCGUCCCCAUUUCCCAAGAAACAGGUCUCCCUGUACGAGGUCCCGGAUCCAGGGGUGGUAGUACUACCCGUCGUCCGCGUACAAAGCCCAAGGCGGAACAGGACAAAGCAGGCGGCACACCUUCCGCAUCUCAGGGGCGAGGCGGCGGCACCGCUGGCCGGGGAGGCUCGGCAAGCGCUCGAGGAGGGAAAUCAACGUCAAUGGUGGAAUUGGCACCGCGUCCCAACUUGGCACCCACGCCUCCGGGACCAAGCCCGGUAGCAAGUUCUGAACUGGCCAUGAAAUAAAAGUGAGCUCCAAUCAUUUCCCCCCUUUCUCCACGACGUACGAUCCAUUGUCUAGGUAUCAGGUUAUGUGGUUUAUUGCUUUCGUUGGCGUCACUGGACCUUUGGGUACAGAGGGAUGAUGAAAGGUUUAAUUGUAGAACGGUGGCUUCUGCUGCGAGGCUAUUCCUGUGCUUCUAUUCGGUAUUACAUGCCUGUUAUGUGUUUCUAUCAGUGUGGUUUCUUAAGGUUUCUUUGUUUUCUUCCGAUCUCCU